CCCGCUGGUCAGCAUCGCGGCCACGGCCAACGCGCUGGACCCCCUGUCGGCCCUCAUGAAGCACCGCAAGGGCAAGCCCCCCAACGUGUCAGUGUUUGAGCCCAAGGCCAGCGCCGAGGACCCCUUCUUCAAGCACAAGUGCAGGUUCUGUGCCAAGGUGUUUGGGAGCGACAGUGCCCUGCAGAUCCACCUGCGCUCCCACACGGGCGAGCGGCCCUUCAAGUGCAACAUCUGCGGAAACCGCUUCUCCACAAAGGGCAACCUGAAGGUCCACUUCCAGAGGCACAAGGAGAAGUACCCCCACAUCCAGAUGAACCCCUACCCCGUCCCCGAGUACCUGGACAACGUGCCCACCUGCUCCGGCAUUCCCUACGGCAUGUCGCUGCCUCCGGAGAAGCCGGUCACCACCUGGCUGGACAGCAAGCCGGUGCUGCCCACCGUGCCCACGUCGGUCGGGCUGCAGCUUCCACCCACUCUCCCCAGUGUCGGCAGCUUCGCCGACUCCCCCAGCCUCACCCCGGCCAGCCGCUCCCCGCAGCGGCCCUCGCCCGCGUCCAGCGAAUGCGCCUCCCUGUCGCCGGGCCUCAACAGCUCCGAGUCGGGCGUCCCAGUGAACGCCGUGUCCCCACAGCCGGUGCUUGGUAGCUCUUCUCUGACCAAAGCCGAGCCCGGGAGCCUGCCUGGCGCCAGCGCCAGGGCGGGAGACGCCCCCGCCACCUCCACGGUGGUGGCCCCCUCGCUCACAGACAGCAGCAUAUCGACAGGCCUCUGCAGCCCAGUCCUCCCAGCCGGCUCCGACCAGUUCAAGGCCAAGUUCCCCUUCGGAGGGCUGCUGGACUCUAUGCAGACGUCAGAGACCUCCAAGCUACAGCAGCUGGUGGAGAACAUCGACAAGAAGAUGACCGACCCCAACCAGUGCGUCAUCUGCCACCGAGUGCUGAGCUGCCAGAGCGCCCUCAAGAUGCACUACCGCACGCACACGGGCGAGCGGCCCUUCAAGUGCAAGAUCUGCGGGCGCGCCUUCACCACCAAGGGCAACCUGAAGACACACUUCGGGGUCCACCGAGCCAAGCCGCCCCUGCGGGUGCAGCACUCCUGCCCCAUCUGCCAGAAGAAGUUCACCAACGCAGUGGUCCUGCAGCAGCACAUCCGCAUGCACAUGGGCGGGCAGAUCCCCAACACGCCGCUGCCCGAGGGCUUGCAGGACGCCAUGGACGCGGAGCUGCCCUUCGACGAGAAGGCGGCCGAGGCCCUGAGCGCCUACGAGGAGGACAUGGACGAGAACUCCCUGGAGGAGGACGCCGAGCUGAAGGACGCGGCCGGCGACCCAUCCAAGCCCCUGCUGGCCUUCUCGGGCUCCUGCCCACCCUCACCGCCCUCUGUCAUCUCCAGCAUCGCGGCGCUGGAGAACCAGAUGAAGAUGAUGGACUCCGUCAUGAGCUGUCCGCAGCUGACCGCCCUGAAGUCCAUGGAGAACGGGUCUGGGGAGAGCGACCGACUGAGCAACGACUCUUCAUCCGCCGUGGGCGACCUGGAGAGCCGCAGCGCGGGCAGCCCGGCCCCUUCCGAGUCGUCCUCUUCCAUGCAGGCCCUGUCACCCCUGCACAGUGCCAGCGAGAGCCCGCACUCCAAGUCCCCGGGCCUCAGCGCCCAGGACGAGCCCCAGGAGACUCCGUUGAAGACGGAGCGGCCGGACAGCCCACCCCCCGCCCCCGAGAACGGAGGGGCGCUGGACCUGACGGCCAUGCACCCCAGCCGGCCGGCCGUCAAGGAGGAGGCCCCCUUUAGCCUGCUGUUCCUGGGCAGAGAACGGGGUCCCAGCCAAAGCACCCCCAGCCUGGUCCCUGGCUCCGCACCCACCAUGAUCAAAAUGGAAGUGAACGGGCACAGCAAGGCCGUCCCGCUGGGUGAGGGCCCGCCGCUGCCCGCCGCGGUCCAGGUGGCCGCGGGGCCCCAGGCGGUGAUGAGCCCCGGCCUCGCGCCCAUGCUGGCCCCCCCGCCGCGCCGGACGCCCAAGCAGCACAACUGCCAGUCGUGUGGGAAGACCUUCUCGUCGGCCAGCGCCCUGCAGAUCCACGAGCGCACCCACACCGGGGAGAAGCCGUUCGGCUGCAGCGUCUGUGGGAGAGCCUUCACCACCAAGGGCAACCUCAAGGUGCACAUGGGCACGCACAUGUGGAACAACGCCCCCGCGAGGCGCGGCCGCCGCCUUUCGGUGGAAAACCCCAUGGCCCUGCUGGGUGGUGACGCCCUCAAGUUCUCAGAGAUGUUCCAGAAGGAUCUGGCCGCACGAGCCAUGAACGUUGACCCCAGUUUUUGGAACCAGUACGCCGCCGCCAUCACCAAUGGUCUGGCCAUGAAGAACAACGAGAUCUCCGUCAUCCAGAACGGAGGCAUCCCCCAGCUCCCCGUGAGUCUCGGCGGGAGCGCCCUCCCCACCCUGGGCUCCCUGACCGCCGGGCUGGACAAAGCGCGCACCGGCGGCAGCCCGCCCAUCAUGGGUUUGGACAAAGCCAGCUCGGAAACGGGGCGGAAACGGGGGCCAGCCGUCCGUUCACAACGUUCAUCCAGGACGACAAGGAGGUCGGUAUUAACUAGCUAACCUGCGUGCGCCGGGGCAAGGCCGGCCUCCCUGACGGUUUACCCAGAGCUGAAAAAAUGUCACCACGUGGUGCGGAAAGGGGGCCUGUAAGCCCCGGUGAGCCUGACGGCUCUCGAGAACUCUGUAACCUUUUAAAUAAAUUUAAGUCAGAAAGAAGUCCUUGGAAAGCCGCCUUGGGAACAGAAAGGGCUCAGACCACAUGCAUCCUGUUCCUCCUAAACCCUGCCAGUCCCCAGAGGGAAGGGCUCCCCGCCCUGUUCCAGACAAACUCCUUCAGUGGUUUUGUUCGAAUUAGUUAGAAACUUGAACUCUGCUUCUUGAACUCUUAUCUUGAAGACGUGGUCUAGUCCUGCCGCCGCAGUCUCACGGCAGCGUCUUGUCUGUGUCUGUAGUAUUUAUAAUGUUGAGAUUAUGCGGGUAACAGACAAUACAGCCCAACUUUAAUGGAAGCUUUUGUACUGCAGAAUACAUCUGGCUAUGUGAGUUUUUUUUUUAAGCAAGAUUUGUUUUGCUAUAAAUAAGUGGGUUAUUUCCAUGCAGGCAAAAUUGUGAAGUUCUGUUGGGAAAGAGCAUGCAUUUUGUGUGCGAGCACCUGUCAGUAACAAGCCUUUUUUUAUUAUUAUUUAAAUGUUUAGCUGCUUUGUGGACAGUGGUCUCUAGUGUGGGAACAAGUUGCAGACAGACGUCAUAAAUUAUUCACAACACGGUAGCAGUUGUGAGGAAAUAGUUCACAUGAUCACAGCUGUACAAUAAAAAAGGUAAUGUUUGUA